GUCGUAUCUCACCAAUCUUUCCUGGGUCAAAAUCUCCUCGAAAGGGAACGUCAAGCCCUCCAGUUUCCCUCCCCAAGGUCUCUAGUUCUACCGGGCCCUGAGCAGAGGAUACCGGUACACACAGCCGCACUGACCAACGGUUGUGUCUUGCAUAUCGGGUAGGAGUCUGCCAGCAAACUGGCCAAAGACCCUUGGAUGCGGCUGCGGACGCGCACGUUGAUGCUGUACUCCGUUGCCCUACCUUUGCCGGGGCCUUCCUGGCAUCUCCUUGGCCGAACCUCCACGCGACAUGCAUCCGGCCGCCUCGGGCUGCAGCUUCAGAAGUCAAAGAAUGUUCCCCAAAUCCCAUGCUUUAUACUCCAUACGCCAUGCAUGUUCGAAACGCAAGCUCAGCGUAGAGCUGCCGGUCUCCGGACAGGGCUAUCCUGUGUCACCUUCGGCCACGGCCCGAAGCCACCUCGUUUCUCUCAGACCGGAUCUUUGGGACCCUCCGUUUCGCUCUUGGCACACGCCUUCCUAGUGCCGUCGAGUCUCCGCGUCACCAAAUACCGAGACCCCAAAUGGGUUGCUUCACCAUCCGCAGUACAACCCUCGUGGCGGGUUUGACUCAGGACGAGGCAUAUCCGUGAUUCGGAGGACUCGGCUAGGGGCUUAUCCUUGGAUCUCAAAUAUAAGGGUGUGGCAGAACGAUCGGAUCCAGUCGGCCACUGCGCGCGCUGGUGUCAACGCCGUACCACGGGUCUGGAGAUAUCUACAGCCGGCGCUGAAUACUGGCAAUAGCGUGU